AUGGCCCCCAAGCCCAGCCGCCGAGUCGAUCCCAAGGCAGCCAAGCGCUCCCCGCUCUCCGGGCGCCGUUUCUCCAAGGCCGAGGACUGGGUAGAUUGCCCCGCAUUAGGCCCGGGAUGGAAGAGGCGGGAGAACUUCCGAAAGAAGGGAGCCACCUGCGGCCUCUCGGAUACCUAUUACCUGAGCCCGGCCGGCCAUCAGAUCCGCAGCAAGGUGGAGCUGGCCCGUUACCUGGGCCCGGGCAGGGACCUCCGCGGUUUUCAUUUCAAGCUCGGGAUUUUGCAGCCGUCGCCCGCGCAGGUAGCACCGCCUCAGAACGAGACCAAGAGGCCGCGACGAGGACAGGGAAGGCCCAGAAAGGAACCGGCGCCCUCUCCUCUGGAGCAGCCUGAUCCCGAGAGGUCCCUGGCCGCGCUGCCCCCAGCCGACGGCGUCGAGGCCCCUGAGCCCGGACAGCCGACCGAGACUCCCCAGGCUGAGCCGGCCGGGGCCCCCCCGACUGGCCCCACCGAGGCUCCCCGGAGCAACCUUGCGGAGGCCCCCCAGAGUGACCGCGGCGGGCACCCGCGGCGGCGGUGGCGCCAGCGGUGGCUUCAGACCCAGGGCUGCGAAGUCCCGAGGAGCGACCCCCCCGGGGAGCCAGAGAAAGGCGCGCCCAGCGGGGGGCCCGAUGGCUGCUCUGCCGCCGCGGUUUCGGGGGCCGCAGCCGCCGCCGCUGUUCCGGGGUCCGCGGCCGCAUCCGCCGCCGUCCCGGGGUCCGCGGCCGCCACCAUCCGGGCGGCUAGCCCCGCCGCCCCCGCCGCUGCCGCUGCCUCGACGGCGCGGGCUCUCGAGGCGGGCGCUCGCGGAUCGGGCUGCGGCCUGUGCGCCGGCUGCCGGGCCCAAGAGGACUGCGGCACCUGCUGGAUUUGCUCGCGCGACGGGAAGCCGGGCCUCGUCCGGCGCUGGCGGUGCCUGGCAAGGCGCUGCCUUCAGAAGCGCCCAAAGAAGAGGUCCAGAGGCUCGGGGGCGAGGAAGACCCCCGGCCGGCGCCGCCGAGCCCCCGCGCCCCCUCCCUCAGCACGGGCGGGUAGCCCAGUGGUCAUCGCGGAUCGCCGCCGCCGCCGGCCGCGCCACAGCCGCAGGUGCGGGGCCUGCACAGCCUGCCAGCGCCUGCUGGACUGCGGCGAGUGCGACUUCUGCCUGGACAAGCCCAAGUUCGGUGGCUCCAACCAGAAGCGCCAGAAGUGCCGCUGGCGACAGUGUCUCACUUUUGCUGUGAAGCGCCUGCUGCCAGCCCUGAGGGACAGCACCCCAGUGGAACGGCCGGCCUGGCGCCGCCCUAGGAAGGGCACCUUUGGUAACCGGCCCUUCCGUCUGGGUUGGACCAGAUAUAGGGGCCGCCUGGGCCAGAGGCCGAGGCAGGAGCAGCCUCCUGUGCCCAAGGAGGAGUUGGGUACUGACUGUUUGCAGCCGGAGGAGACCAGCUCGGUCAUCCUGCCAGGGGAUGAGGGCAUCCCUGUGCUUGGGCUCAGUGCCAAGCCAGAGACCCCUCCGCCCCCUGUGCCCCACCACAAUGACCUAGGGGAGUAUGAGUCUCCAGGACUUGAAGUGUUCAAUGCAUCUCCUCAACUGAAGCAGGAGAUAAAGAACUUUGGGUCCCAGGCUCCUGAAGCCACCUUAUCACCCCCUGAUAGCUUCCUUCCUGAUCUGCCCAGCAAGGAAACUGAUGGGGCCCCUCCACAGCAGCCUGUGAAAGAGGAGGAAGACUUGGAAGAAGAAGUUGCCAGCACCCCUGUGAUCAUGGAGAUAUAUAGUCUGGGCAAGGCUGCCCCAACAGCAGCAGGACUCUUUGGAACCCUGGACAGUGUCCUACAGGAGUUUCUAAUGGAACUGAAUGAGUUGCCGUUGCCUGCCCACUGGGAAGUGCUGCCAACAAGGGGACCAGACCUCUGCCUCAUCCAGCGAUCCGUCGUGUCCACUGUGGCUGCAGCGGUUAUCCAUAUCCAACCAGGCCUGUACUUCCGUGUAGAGGUUCGCGAUGUCCCAGUGCCACCCACCCAUGAGCUCUAUUCUGCCCACCCAUUACGACUCACCACUGUGGAUGAGGUGAUAGAGCUCAUCUGCAACCUAGAAGCCUACCGCCUGUGCCCUGGUUGGCUUGACAGCUGGCAUCAGGGCCAGCGUUCUCCUGGCUGUGAUGUCUUGGUCUAUGAGGGCCGCUGCCAAUACUGCUGCCUAAAGCCUUGGUCUUUGGAGAAGAAGCAGUAA